AUCGUUUUAAAACGAACAGACCAAAUAUACCUUGCAAAAUUAUUGAAAAACUUCCCAAAAAUAAUUAUAAGUUAGGUUGCAAGUCUGGAAUUUUGGAAAUUCCUUAUAAUGGGAAUAAUUUAGAACCUAUAAAACUAAACAGUUUGCCUGAAUUAGAUAAUAUACCCAAUGAUAUUAUUAGCGUUAGGGUAGCUUCGAGAUUGCAAAAUAUAUCAAAAAUUGAGAUUUCUGAUGUAAAAUGUCAAU